AUGGGCACCUAUGACAAGAUUGAAAACGACAAUGGCGUCGUUACAGUCGUCGACGACGGCUCGGACUCCGACAGCAGCACUCGUUCGCGGCACCGUCGUCGCAGAGCCCCCAGCCCCGGACCGCCGCGGUCUGCCUUUGCCUGCCAAGAUGGAAACGUCCCCGACAUUGUCUACUCUUUGAAGAGGUUUGGCAAGUAUAAUCGCCUCAUUGACCGCCGCGUAAGUGACAAGCCGUACGACAAGCGCGACAUGUCCGAGGAUGUCGACGGCACGUACGAUGACAAUAAGCCCGUCAUUGAGAUCCUCACCAAGACCUAUUCGCAUCGUCGAGCAGGACGUUCGCGCCUGCCGCGACCUCCUCGCUACAUACCCCCAAGAGGCUCCCGCUCCAGGUCUGUGUCCGUGUCGUCUGUAGAGAGCGAGUACGAUUCCGACGACGCCACCGCCGUUGUCGACGUCCGCACCCCUACCAUGAUCAUCCACUCGGAGCACCUCACAAACGCCCUCCAUGCCGUUGUGGCCUACUACCCCAGCGUCGACCUGUCCGGCGGCGUUCCCAAGUUCAAGGCCCCCUAUCGUCCCCUGUACCACCAUCGCCGCGAGCUUGCAGAGUAUCGCGACAACCAGCCCUCGUGCCACGACGCCGAGUACGUCGAGACGACAGCCCGCCACAUUGAUGUGCUCCUGCGCUUCCUCGACGGCAACCUCGGCGAUGCGCUCCGCCGUGAGGAGGAGCGCCACGCGCUGGACACGCCGCUGGCGACGCACGAGUACUUCUGGCUGCUCCUGAAGCCGGGGACCGUCUUCUACACCAAGAAGGACCACAUAUGGACCGCUUACGUCCUCAGCAGCUUCUCGGCCCCGCGAAGCAGUGACGAUACCUAUCGCGUCACGGGCUGGCUCCUCGAGUCCAACGGCCACCGCCUGGAGCGCAACCUCGAGGAGUUCGCCGUGUCGCGCUGGCAGGGCGAGCAGCCCAUCGCCAGCCUAUCCCUCGUGCCGGAGCCGUUUUGGGGCGAGGACCUCGCGGCUCAGGGCGGACUGUCCAUGCGUGACAAGCAGAUUGAGGAGGGCAAGCUGUGCUGGGAGCUGCUCAAGCGUCCUACGUACAUGCAGUACGACGGUGAGCUGAUCGGCUCCUGGCCGGGCGAGGAGGGAAUGCGGGCCGACCAGACGGGCUUCAUGAAAGGUCGUGUCAUCUGCGACGACGCGGGCUUCAACAAGUUCUGGCACUUUGCCACCGAAAGGUCCGGCCGUUCUCGAAGCCCGUCGUAUCGUCGGGGCAGACGCCAUCCACGCCCCGUCGAAGGUCCCACGCGCGACCACUUGCCCACCAGCCUGCCGCGCUGCAGCUGCCGCGUCUGCUCGCAGAACCGCCCAGCGGACGGCACCGACAGCAGCCCCUAUCGCGGCUUCGAGGGCCUCCGCCCAGACAAGGACACUCCCCCUGAUAGCGACCUGUUCUACCUCAUACUCAGCAAGGCCAUCCCAGGCUUCCUGCUCGGCACGCGUCGCUGGGGCAACCUCUACGUCGGCAGCCUCAAGCCCGUGGUGACGGACAAGGAGGCGUUCAAGUACCUCGUCGUUGACGAUGACAUCAAGCGCACCGUCAAGGCUCUCGUCGGACAGUUCGCGUCGACUUCGACGGGCGACAACCUAUCGCCGUGGGGCAACGACUUCGUGCGCAACAAGGGCGAAGGGCGCAUUUUCCUGCUGCAUGGACAGCCAGGCGUCGGCAAGACGUGCACGGCCGAGUGCAUCGCCGAGCAGUCUGGUCGGCCGCUCAUCGCGCUCACGGGCGGCGAUCUGGGCAGCGCCAUGUCGCACUCUCAGAUCGAGCGUCGCCUCAACUACUUCCUCGAGCUGGGCCAGCGCUACGGCGCACUCGUGCUUGUCGACGAGGCCGACGUGUAUCUGGAGCGUCGCCGCGCCAGUGACAUGUCGCGCAACGGGCUCGUCUCCAUCUUCCUGCGCGCCCUCGAGUACUACCGCGGCGUCCUUGUCCUUACCACCAACCGCGUCCGCGCCUUCGAUACUGCCUUCCUGAGCCGGAUCCACGUCGCUCUGCACUACAAGAACCUGACCGACGAGCAUCGCGAGCGCAUCUGGACGCACAACUUUGACCGCCUCGCCCGCGACUCGGCCGGCCGCGUCCGCGUCAGCGAGGCCGCCAGGGCGUACGUCUGUAGUGACCGUGACGUCCGUCACAUUGCCUGCAACGGCCGCGAGAUCCGCAACGCCAUGCAGACGGCUCUUGCCUUGGCUGAGAGCGACGCCAAGGAUGAGGGCGUCGCCGACGGCGUCGUGACUCUCUGCGAGAAGCACCUCCGUGCCGUGCUCGACAUGACCAGGAGCUUCAAGGACUACGCCACUGCGUGCAUGAGCAACGUCAUGUCGCACGGCGAGCAGGCCGAGUUCGAGGGAUCCGAGCACGGCCCAGCUGCCCAGCUACCCGAGGUGUACUACUCCUCUGACGAUGAUCUUUGA